CCAGGCUCCGGGGGCAAUCCCGGCCCUGGUUUCCCCAGGCUGGACUGCUUCUAGCUCAGCCCAGGAGGAGAGCCAGGUCGUGGUGGAGUUGUGACGUAGAAGUUAAGGUGCUGCCAUGGGGAACCAGUUGGCUGGUAUUGCCCCUUCUCAGAUCCUUUCGGUUGACAGCUAUUUCUCAGACAUUCAUGACUUUGAGUAUGAUAAAAGCCUGGGCAGUACUCGGUUUUUUAAAGUUGCCCGAGCCAAGCACAGGGAAGGUCUGGUGGUUGUUAAGGUGUUUGCCAUUCAAGAUCCAACUUUACCAUUAACUAGUUACAAGCAGGAGCUGGAGGAGCUGAAAAUAAGGCUGCAUUCUGCACAAAACUGUCUUCCCUUUCAGAAGACUACACUGACCGAAAAAGCAGCCAUGCUUUUUAGGCAGUAUGUUCGAGAUAAUCUCUAUGAUCGUAUUAGUACUCGGCCAUUCCUAAACAACAUUGAGAAGAGGUGGAUAGCCUUCCAGAUCUUGACUGCGGUAGACCAAGCACACAGAUCUGGGGUCCGUCAUGGGGACAUCAAAACAGAAAACGUCAUGGUGACCAGCUGGAACUGGGUCCUUCUAACAGAUUUUGCAAGUUUCAAACCAACCUACCUUCCUGAAGACAACCCUGCAGAUUUCAAUUAUUUCUUUGAUACAUCUCGGAGGAGGACAUGUUACAUUGCUCCAGAGCGCUUCGUUGAUGGCAGCAUGUUUGCUACAGAACUGGAGAACAUGAGAGAUCCUUCUACUCCCCUGGUAGACUUGGCCAACAGUAAUCAACGGAGCAGGGGGGAACUGAAACGUGCAAUGGACAUCUUUUCUGCAGGCUGUGUAAUAGCUGAGCUCUUUACAGAAGGUGUACCUCUGUUUGACUUAUCACAACUUUUGGCUUAUAGAAAUGGCCUCUUUGCCCCUGAACAAGUCUUGAAUAAAAUUGAAGACCGCAGUAUCAGAGAACUGGUUACUCAAAUGAUCCAAUGUGAGCCAGAAAAACGUUUGGCAGCUGAAGACUACUUGAAACAACAACGUAACAAUGCAUUUCCUGAAAUAUUUUACACUUUUCUCCAGCCUUACAUGGCGCAGUUUGCCAAGGAAACUUUUGUAUCUGCAGAUGAGCGGAUCCUUGUUAUACGUAAAGAUCUGGACAAUAUCAUUCACAAUCUCUGCGGACACGACCAGACAGAAAAAGCAGAAGGAGAGACGAAGGAAAAUGGGCUAGUCAUUUUGGUGUCCGUGAUAACUUCAUGCCUACAGACUCUCAAAUAUUGUGAUUCUAAGCUGGCUGCCUUGGAGCUGAUUCUCCAUUUGGCGCCCAGGUUAAGCGUGGAAAUCCUGCUGGAUCGUAUCACACCUUAUCUCUUGCAUUUCAGCAAUGACUCUGUGCCCAGGGUGAGGGCAGAAGCUGUUAGGACACUCACUAAAGUUCUUGCUCUUGUCAAAGAAGUUCCACGUAAUGAUAUAAAUAUCUACCCAGAGUACAUCUUGCCAGGAAUUGCACACUUGGCCCAAGAUGAAGCCACUAUUGUCCGACUGGCUUAUGCUGAGAACAUAGCACUGUUGGCUGAAACUGCUCUGAGAUUCUUGGAAUUAGUCCAGUUGAAAAACCUGAACAUGGAAAAUGAACCAAACAGUGAAGAAGCAGAUGAUGCAACACACCCUAGUGAAAACUAUGACACUGAACUUCAGGCCUUGCAUGAAAUGGUCCAGCAGAAAGUUGUUACUUUGUUGAGCGAUCCAGAAAACAUUGUGAAACAGACCUUGAUGGAAAAUGGAAUCACUCGCCUUUGUGUCUUCUUUGGACGUCAAAAAGCCAAUGAUGUUCUGCUGUCCCAUAUGAUCACCUUUCUUAAUGAUAAGAAUGAUUGGCAUCUACGGGGAGCUUUUUUUGACAGCAUAGUGGGUGUUGCUGCUUAUGUUGGCUGGCAAAGCUCCUCAAUCUUAAAGCCUCUGCUCCAGCAGGGGCUCAGUGAUGCUGAAGAAUUCGUCAUAUAUAAGGCCCUCAAUGCCCUUACCUGUAUGUGCCAAUUAGGGCUUCUGCAGAAGCCACAUAUAUAUGAAUUUGCCUGUGAUAUUGCACCAUUUCUGUGCCAUCCUAAUCUCUGGAUAUGUUAUGGAGCAGUAGGAUUUAUAACUGUUGUAGCACAGCAUUUGAAUAUUGCUGAUGUUUAUUGCAAACUCAUGCCUUAUCUGCACCCUUUUAUCACCCAGCCAAUAAUACAGAUAGAUAAAGAAAUAGUGCUUCUGAGUGUCCUCAAAGAGCCUGUAAGCCGUUCUAUAUUUGAUUAUGCUCUACGAUCAAAGGACAUAGGAAGCCUGUUCAAAACUCUGCAACUUCGUCAAAAGAAAAGGAAUGGAACUCUUCCUGAUUGCCCACCCCCGGAAGAUCCAGCAAUUGCACAACUGCUGAAGAAGCUACUUUCCCAAGGGAUGACCGAGGAAGAAGAAGACAAGCUGCUAGCCUUAAGAGACUUCAUGUUAAAGUCCAAUAAAGCCAAGGCCAACAUAGUGGACCAGAGCCAUCUUCAUGACAGCACCCAGAAAGGAGUGAUCGACUUGGGGGCUCUGGGGAUAAUUGGGAGACAAGUCGAUCUUGUCAAAAUGAAGCAGGAGUCUGAUGACAAACGUGCUAGAAAACAUGUAAAACAAGAUUCCAAUGUGAAUGAAGAAUGGAAGAGUAUGUUUGGCUCUUUGGAACCUUCAAACAUAACCCAACCAAUUACCAAAGGCCACAGCCAAGCUGCAGAUCAAGAAGCCAUCCAGACUGGGAAACCUCUUCGGUCAGAGUCCUCAGCCGGCAUUUGUGUCCAUUUGUCAUCCUCUCCGCAGGCCACAGAUGGAGCAGCUGUCCAAGCCAGAAAACCAGCAAUACAAGUUCUAAGCAGUAUAGCUUCACCUUCCACGUACCAGUUGCGCAUAACGACUUGCAAAACAGAACUUCAGCAACUGAUCCAACAGAAGCGUGAGCAAUGCAAUGCAGAAAGAAUUGCCAAGCAGAUGAUGGAGAAUGCUGAAUGGGAGAGCAAGCCGCCACCUCCAGGUUGGCAUCCUAAAGGGCUUCUGGUUGCUCACCUUCAUGAGCAUAAGUCCGCAGUGAACCGCAUUAGAGUCUCUGAUGAACAUUCAAUUUUUGCCACAUGCUCAAAUGAUGGAACAGUGAAAAUCUGGAACAGUCAGAAAAUGGAAGGCAAAACUACUACCACUAGAUCAAUUUUGACAUAUUCUCGGAUUGGAGGGCGUGUCAUGACACUUACUUUUUGCCAGGGUUCUCACUACUUGGCUAUAGCUUCAGAUAAUGGAGCCAUCCAACUUCUUGGGAUUGAAGCGUCAAAACUACCCAAAUCUCCUAAAAUUCAUCCAAUACAAAGCAGGUUUUUAGAUCAGAAGGAUGAUGGCUGUGUGGUAGACAUGCAUCAUUUUAAUUCAGGAGCCCAGUCAGUGUUAGCUUACGCCACGGUGAACGGUUCCUUAGUGGGAUGGGACUUGCGGUCCUCCAAUAACGCCUGGACACUAAAACAUGAUUUACGAUUGGGACUUAUAACCUCCUUUGCUGUUGACAUACAUCAGUGCUGGCUCUGUAUUGGUACAAGCAGCGGUACCAUGGCAUGUUGGGAUAUGAGGUUCCAGUUACCAAUCUCCAGCCAUUCGCAUCCUUCCAGGGCACGGAUUAGACGCCUACUUAUGCAUCCCCUCUCCCAGUCGUGGGUGGUGGCAGCUGUUCAAGGCAAUAAUGAAGUCUCCAUGUGGGAUAUGGAAACCGGUGACAGACGCUUCACAUUAUGGGCCAGCAGUGCCCCCCCUCUUUCGGAAUUGCAGCCUUCACCUCAUAGUGUUCAUGGAAUAUACUGCAGUCCAGCAGAUGGAAAUCCUAUAUUAUUGACAGCAGGUUCAGACAUGAAGAUAAGAUUCUGGGAUUUAGCAUACCCUGAGAGGUCCUACAUUGUUGCUGGAAUUCCUAGCAGCCCAUCUGUAUCCUAUUAUAGAAAGAUCAUUGAAGGCACAGAAGUAGUUCAGGAAAUUCAAAACAAGCCAAAGGUGGGUCCCACUGAUGAAACCCCUCGGAAGGGCCCAGAGUCUUUGCCAGUUGGACACCAUGACAUUAUUACAGACAUAGCUACUUUCCAGACCACUCAAGGGUUUAUAGUUACUGCCUCACGAGAUGGCAUUGUCAAAGUGUGGAAAUAAAAGUUGCACUGACUUCUAUGUACUGUAAAUACUUGUAAUAAAGAUAAAUAGUAUGAAAUGGAGUUUCAUUGAAGAAUUGCUUCCAGAUCAUAAGAUGGUGGACUGUAAAGCUCACGAAGGUGACUAGUCUUUUGUCAACAUUUGUCACCAAUAUUAGUGGCCCUUCCAGAACCUGCCAUUGUAUUAAAGUAGAAAAGGAGUUAAAAUGAAGAAAUUGUACUUAACCAUGGUAUUCUUUGGAAGAAUUUGUUUAUAAACAUGAAAACAGCGCUUAUAUUCCUCAUCAACAAUAUUUAUAUAAACUGAUUUUUUUUUACAUACUGAAAGAGUGAUAAAACAAGAUUGUUGCACUUUUGUUCAUGUAUAUUCAAACUCAUGUACACGUAAUACUGAAAAAUAAAGAGUUUGGAUCAUU